UGAGUAAUAACUCACAUUUCCUCAAAUUUGUCACCCAGCCAAUUGAUCGAAUCAAGUUAGGAGCAUUGACCCCUCCUUUCAAUCUUACACAUGCAUCGUUCGUGCCUAUAACCUUCCACAUCCAACCUGCAACAGUUUUGUAAGCUCUGCGGAGAAUGAGACCAGAUUUUGCUUCCUUUCCAUUAAUUGCUUCCUUUCCAUUAAUUGCGUCCUUGCACUUCCCGUUACUGAAUACUUUCCUUCCCACAUGUCAUGUCUUUAAUUUUCUUUUUGAAAGGGAUUUUCUCUCCAAAAACAGCAAUUGCGCCAGUCUCACCGCAUGUUGCAGAAGACGAUUAAUCAAUCACCUCAUGCCGGAGCGUGCUUCCGAUGAGCAAGCGGCAGAACCAUUGAUGCUAUGCUGGAGCUGGAGGACAGGGCGUCUGCAGGCAUCUUUUCAGCUAAUGAAGGGCUUUUAGCACGUCGAAUUCCCAACAUCAGCUCCAACGCCCGAACCAACGAACCCCCACGAAUCCCCUCCUCAUUCCUCGCAAGGAACCCGCUUCCAGAGCGAGAUGUCUGUCUUUAUUG